AUGCUAAAUCUCCACCUGCUGUCUCUCUUCUCACAGGGCUCGACAAAGUCAUAUUGGGAUCUGGUGUCCCAAUUCAGAUCCUCAGCUCUCUCCCCCUCAAAUCCUUCAGGUACACGUUCUCUGGCCUUGUGGCUGCUAGCUCUAUCGCAUCAUGUCUCAAAGCUAGAUAUGGCUUCUCACUCUCAGCUCGUUGAGAACAUUUUGGAUCUACCAUGGGCAGGCGCCACUGAUGAAUUCUGCAAGAGCUGGUGUCGCUUCGUUUGUGCCCUAGUCAGCGCUCGUACAGAGUGGGCCGCCAACGUCCUCAACAGGAUCGUCAAGGCUCUGAGCUCGCAGACACCUACACAGCCUACUCGUCGGCUGCUGUACACCCGAACCCACCUCCUGCUUCGAGCAGUCCUCACCCUCAUUCCAACCUCAGUCUCCACACUGAAUCAGCUUCUAGUCAAGCAUUUCCCGCACAGGAGAGAGAGCAAGAGAGAGCAAGCUACCUUUGCUCGGAAUAUCCUCUUCAUCACGCAGUACGAGGGGCAGGUCGCAGAGACUGUUUGGAGGGUCGUGGCAGACCGGGCCAUUGGACUGGACGUCGAGAUCCAGAUCGAAUUAGACGAGCUUGAAGAAGAGGGCGGUGGCGAAGGUAGCGACAUUGAGGGCUCGGACUCGGGGGACGAGGGAGGGACGGGAUUCGAUGACCUCUCGGACGAAGAUAUCGAAGACGUCGAUGGUGAUGGAGCGGGCGGUCUCCAUUCGGACGGUGAGGAGGAAAAGAAGGAACGUAAAGUCAGGGAGCUGGUCGACAAGCUUGACGCGCUCAUGAAGGUCUGCCUCGAGCACCUCGAGAAGAUGGGCACAGUAGACGAAGAGUUUGAGGCAACCAGGGACGCCCUAUUCCAUCAUCUCCUGCAGCUAUUCUCGCGCUCCAUCCUGCCGACGUUCAAGUGUCGACACGUACAAUUCCUCCUGUUCUGGUACUGCUCGUUAGAGACCGACUUUGCGGACUACUUCCUCGGUUUCCUGAUCCACAAGGCCAUCUAUGCCAGGUCUGGUCGUGCAGAGCCGCUAGUGCUACGCCAAGCAUCCGCGUCUUACGUGGCGUCCUUUGUCUCCCGGGCGCACUACAUCACACCGACUUACACGAGGACUGUGGUCCUGAAUCUGUGUUCGUAUCUUGAAGCCCAUCUGGAAGCUUACUCGAACGCAAUCACCCUCGCCAACUCCAUCGGACUCCAUGCAAUCUGGUACGCCGUGGCACAGGCAGUCUUCUAUAUCUUCUGCUUCAGAUGGCAAGACCUCAAGAUUGGUGGGCCCGGUUCGGGAGUCGCUGCCGCGGGCCUCGGCACAAGUACCAGCAGCUGGUCGCAGGGUCUCUCGAUCCUACAGCGUGCUGUCCUCUCUCCUCUGAACCCACUGCAGCACUGCUCUGGCACGGUAGUCCGGCAGUUCGCAGCAGUCGCCCAGCACGUAGGAUUCCUCUACUGCUGGAGUCUGAUAGAGGCUAAUAAUCGACGAAGCGCAGGUAUGGGAGACCUCGAGGGCUUUUUUCCCUUUGACCCUUAUCGUCUCUCUUCGACUGCAGAGCGCUUCGUCGCGCCUCUGUACAGGGAAUGGAGGGAUGUUGCGCCGGUGGGACUUGGUGGUGAUGAAGAAGAGGGCUCGGAUGAGGAGAGUGCAGAGGACGAGGACGAGGAGGAGGAGGAGUCUACCUCUGGCGGGGAAGAGGAGGAGGAAGAAGAGGAGGAAGGCUCUCUCACCUCAUCAAGCCAGGAUCAUCAUCAGCAUCAACAGCAUCCUCACCUAGCCCUCUCGGCCAGUCGCCCAGGUCUGCAGAUCCCCGGAAGCGGGAAGCGCUCCCACCACCAUCGGAGGCGCCAGCGAAGCGCUCGUGGACGUGGUGACGACGGCACGGAAGACUCUUCGUUGCUGUCUGCUUCGGAUGCGAGUCGGACUGGUGAGGAGGGAGGAGGAGGAGGAAUCGAGGAGGGACUCGAGGCGAUGAGUGUGAGCGCUAACUAG